AUGGUUCUUUCAUACGCCACCCUUAUUUUAAGCUCUUCAGAUGAAGCAAAUUCAUUAUUUAUUAGAAUAAAUACCACUUCCAUGGAAACAACUACUUUUACGGAAUAUGCUCCUCAUUUAUAUUACGCCACAACUACCAUCGAACCAGAAACUACUAUAGUUACAGAAAAUUCAGAAAGUGAAUCUCAUCAAAAGUUUAUUAUAUCUGAAUCAACUCAAACAUUAUUAGCAUCAACCAUUGGGAGGAGGCAUAUAUCUGGUUAUAUCAAGAAUUCUUCAUUUUCAAAUACUCAAAUGAUGAAAAUAGCUAGGAAGAACGAAAUGCACAAAAAUGGAAGAACAUAUCUAUAUAUACUUGUAAUCAUUUGCAUUGCUUGCGGCCUUGUCAGCAUGACAAUAUUUUCACUUCUAUAUUUUCAUUUCAUUUUACCAUCACCAUGA